AUGACCAAGUUCUGGCAGCAUAUUGCCUGUGUGCAGUCGCUUGGUCAUACUUCAUUCCGUCAACCAGACUAUCGUUGCGAGAUUUGUUCGUCUUCCCGGUCUCUAAGACAGGUUUCUCGAACUGGAACCUUAGAUAUUACCGGCGAAAUUACUGCAACUGCUUCAGACGAAUUGGCUGGUGCAAGCGGGGAUUUAGAGACUCGUGAGGACGAACAAUCUCGCGAUUCAGAUGUGGCUAUCUCUAAGUCAGAACUGGCACUUUCUACUGUACUUGACCAUACUACGUGUCCGUCUGAAGAAGCUUCCGCUCCUGAAAUUCCUGCCUCCAUUUUGCACUCCAUCCCCACCGCAACGAACGCCAUUGAUAACUUUGCGCCCUCUCGUCAAGACUCCUCUGAUCCCAGUGAUCAAAUUGUCCCUGCAUCUGCGAGGGCCUUUUUGCCGACAGGCACAGGAUUGGCCUCUCAUUCGGCUACAGCUCCAGGCGAUAUAAUUCACAGUAGUCUUUUGAAUGGGACUACUGGGUAUCCUGUCACUGGAACUGGCAGAGAUAUUGAAGAAGCAGGGGGAUGGAUGCCGAUCGACUGGCGUAGUCUGGUUAGCAUGUUUUGCUAUUUAAUGCAAUUUGGUUCUCCAUUAUUUCAUUUACUUGAGAUUCAUUCAGUGCGAAGUUUGCGUUUUCCAUUUUGA